GGAAGUCACAACACGGCUGGUGACUUCUGGACAGUGAUACAUGGCGCCGUUUACGACAUGUCCCGUUUUGCGCCAUUUCAUCCUGGCGGCCCGAUUAUCAUGUUGGCUGCAGGGACUGACUGCACAGUGAUGUUCGAGCAGUACCAUCUGCGCAGCCAGGCAGCCUUAGACAAAGUCGCAGGCUGCAAGGUCGCCGCUCUCAAGGGCAAGUCUCCCGCCAUGGGCCCCAUGUUCAUUGAGCUCCAACGUCGCGUUGCAGAAAGACUGAGCGGAGAACCAAAGCGGCCUCGCAGCGUGCAAGUUUUGUUCCUUUUGGAUGUGAUAGCAGCUGUGCUUGCGCUGUGCUGGUCAGUCCGUGCAAGUGCUACCACACCGACUUGGCAACUUCUUUCAGCUCCACUCGCCAUUCAGCUCCUGUUAUUGCGACUAUUCGGACAGGCGCAUGCCCUCGGCCACAUGCAGAUCUGGCCCGCACCGACUGACAUUUUGGCGACGCUUGCUGACAGCGAUUGGGAGUCCUGGCAUCGGCCUGGCGACGGUCCCGGAGUCCAGCGAAAACCCGCGCAAGAUGCUGAACGAAGCGCACGUUGCGGCGCAGUUCGAGUUCCCAGAUGGGCGUGGACCGUGCGAGCACCAGUCCGUUCACCACGUUCGCGGUGCCGAGCUUGAGCACGACCAGUGCUACAAGGUCUGUUCAAUGGGCGGGCUGUUGAGGAUCGGCGGGCGCCAGACCUACCUGACGGUGAACACAUUCCAGCGUUUUCGAUGGUACCGGAUUUUGGCUGGCGUGUUUUCGGAUUGCAUGUUGCCUGCCGUGGCCGUCAUCGAGCGCGUCGCCUUUCUCUCGCACUCUUGGGUACCGCAAGCCCAUUGGGUCGAGAUCGGGGUUUGCACGUUGGGGAUUCUCGCGUCAUGCGCGUUUCUCAGGGCAUCCUUGCUGCUGUUCGCGAAAGGCAUGGGAGGAGUGUGCUGCUUCGCAUGCGCGCAGUUUCUCAAGCAGCACCUUGUUGCAUCCAAUGCCGAGCUUUUUUUCGCACAGCACGUGUGGGACCGCGAAGUUGGCGAAGAAGAGGUGAACCAAGAUUGGGGCAAGCACAACGCUGAGACGUCGGUGUCUCUGAGGGGCAUGGAGAGCCAUCCCGCGUGCUGGGGAAUGCCGUGGAUGGCAGGAGCCAAUCCGUCAACUCUGACGUAUCAUCUCGAACACACGUUGUUCCCUGGCGUGGCCUAUGCGAACUUGCCCAAGAUCGCAAGGAUCGUGGAGACCACUUGCGCCGAGUUCGGCGUCGGGUGCGACGUGCUGGUCGGCGGAUCCCAGUUGCGUCGGAGAUGGACGACUAAGCUCACCCACUACGCCACUGAUCAGACGAAGGCUGUGGGCAUUUCGAGUAUUGUAGACGCUGCUCGAGAGUUGUUUCAAUUUGUGUUUUACCUGCUCACAGGCAGGUGACAGAAGUCGCGUCUGGCGAAUUCAGUGUCAUCGCUGGCGUCGCUCAAUCUACUUGGUGUUGUUUGCUCUACCUUGUUGUCCUCUCGAGCCACCAAACUUUCAGGUCCUUGCGAAAAGCCAACAAGUACGGGGAUCAAAGCGUCUCGUCGGUUGUUGCAGGGACAGAAGCCUAAAGGGCUUCUCGAAUGGCCCGUGGGACAACUUGCCCAUUUAAGAACGCAGGUUGCGACCCGCUGUGGCCUUCCACGAGAGAAGAUAAUCUCGUGAGUCAUUUUCAGAAGGGCCCUGGCGCGCAGGGAGCCCACCUUCUAGUGCAGGUCAAUAGGUCAAUAGGAG